AAACGGGCUCAUCCCCGCAUUGUGAAUGUAAGUUGCAGUAACUCUGAUGAAGCUUGUAACUUUUACAUUCCAUCUUCCCGAGGUGUUGUGAAGAUUAUAUGUCUUUCUUAUCCCUCGGACUCUAGCGCGACCUUGCUUACAACUGAAGAAGCUUUAAGAUUGUGUAUAUAAUGGGUGAGGACAUGCAUGGACUUGCUUGGGUCUCCGCAUCCACAAAGCCAGGGCUUCAAUCCCGAUAAUGCUUUCUCUGUUGAACACACUUUUCCUUGCACUCUGGGUCUCUUCUGCUUCUGCAGACAGUCUGGCCGAGGUCGAACACAUUGUUCUCUUCAUGCAGGAAAAUAGAGCAUUUGAUCACUACUUCGGUACCAUGGCAGGAGUUCGAGGGUUCAAAGAUCCAAACGUCCAAGUCAAUCCUGAUGGUCACUCCGUGUUUUUCCAAAAAGUCAACUCGUUCCUCUCAAACGAUACCGACUUCCUUCUCCCGUUCUAUGUGGCUGCGGAAGGCGGGGAAUUCAUCAACGGCACGCAAUGUAUGGUAGCUGGAACAAAUAACUGGGCAGAAAAUCAUGCAGCAUUGGCUUCUGGGCAAAAUGAUCUUUGGCCUGAAGCAAAUACGCCAGAGUCAUGGGGUUAUUAUCGGCGGUCAGAUCUUCAAGUCCAAUUUGCUAUUGCUGAAGGAUGGACCGUCGGGGAUAUGUACCAAGAAGGUGUUAUUGCAGCAACCAACCCUAAUCGCGUUCUAUGGCAAACUGGCAGUGUUGCUGUUCCAGGAGGGAAUGUGAACACUACACAGGGCCCUGUAUUGGACAACAACGCUAGUCCGGGAUGUACAAGUCUUACACAGAGGCUCGAAAACGGUACUGAGAUAGAGUCAGCACAAAAUUAUACCUGUUAUCCGUUUGAUUGGAAAACCUUGCCCGAAUAUCUGGAGGACGCGGGCAUCUCAUGGAAAGAAUUCCAAGCUUACGAUAUCGACGACAAUCCUCUACCUGACUUUGUCUUCUGGCAGAACUUGGCGGCCAACGAUCCAACUUCGGAGCUCGCCCAGCGAGGCUUGGCCAUGAACGGGGGUGGGAAUUGGCAAGGUGGUCUUGAUUUGCUUAAGAAGCAAGCUGCAGAGGGGACUCUACCAGCUGUUUCUUUCUAUAUUGGCCCGGGAGAGCUUUCUGAACACCCUCCAGCCCGUCCUAUUGAUGGUGCAUGGCUGCAAAAAGAAGUUGUCGACGCGAUUGUCAAUUCUCCCAAGUACAACAAAACGAUUCUCAUGAUUUCUUUUGAUGAGUCGGGAGGAUUCGGCGACCACGUUAUUCCCUUCACUUCGCCCGAAAACACUCCCGGCGAAUGGAUCAUUAACCCUUUCACAGGACUGCCCGCGCCAUCCGGACCUGGAUUCCGGUUACCGUUCACUGUUAUCUCGCCCUGGACCCGCGGAGGGGUUGUAUUCACCGAGCCUGCAGACCACAUCUCGCAAACACUGUUUUUGGAGCAGUGGGCAGCUGCGAGGGGCACACCAUUCAUUAAUACGCAAAUCAACGACUGGAGAAGAGAGCAUAUGUCUAAUUUGAUAAAUGUGUUUGAUUUUGAGAACCCCAAUUACACCGCUGUAUCGCUACCCGAUGUUCCACCGCCUCAUACCGACCCUCUGACAUCGUUGCUUGACGGGUACACGUUCUGUGAAAAUACCUUCACGGGAUACGUUCAACCCCCUGUCCCAUACGGGCAACAAACCUUGACAGAUUCUCUGUUCACGGAAACGGGUUUCAAAAUUGUACGAGGCUCGCUGACAGAAGGUCGUUACCUGGUCAUUGAAUCGAGUACGAAGAAUCUUGCACUAUCUGCUAAUGACUCCUCCCUUGGUACAUCUGCGGCGACCAACGACAAGUUCACCACUCCCUCGCAACGUUUUGUGAUCUAUGCUACGGAUCCCAAACUCGCGACAGAAAAGACCUUCAGGAUAUCCUCUGCCGCAUCUGUGAUAGACGCUACUGCUAUCGCUAACGCCACUACCCCAUUCCUCGAUGCGAAUCUGCAGUUUGGGUCCAUCAACUCCAGUGCAGUGUUUAAUAUUACCUACGAAGGUUUGGGUGUUUACAACUUCUUGGAAAGCGAGAGCGGGAAGUUCUUGGGUUUGGGGGAUAACGGAGCUCCGAUGCUAGGCGGGGAGGCGGAAGGUUUCAAGAUCUUCUCAAUUUCUUUCUGAUUCUGAUCAGUAGAACACGUUAUCUGUUUGGAUUGAGGACAAUAUUAGGACACUUUUUAGAAA